UGGUUCAGCUCUUUGUGUGUUUGCUUGGAGUUGCGCAACAGUUGUUUGUGUAUUACUUCCUUUGUAACUAUUUUCGUUGUCAGGGCAAAUAAGGGAAAAGUAACUGGAAAUCGUCUGCAUCUAAAAAUGAAUCAGACACCUCGGUGGUUGCAGUGAGACCCCACCUGCUCAGCCACAGCUGUACAUGGAGACCCCCAGUUGGGCAGAAACUAAACCAGGAAACGGGCUGUGUAAAACAGGAAGCAUUGCUCUCUUUGGAAACGUAGUGUAUAGUGGGCUACUAAACGAUCACUUCUGGCAUUUCGGGGUGCCCCUUGUCACAAGACUGGGUAACCAGGAGGCCCCAGCUCCCCCAGAAGCCAUGGCUCAGCCGUAUGCUCCACCGCAGUAUCCUCCCCCUCCACCUCAGAACGGGUUGCCUGGCGAAUACACCCACCCUGGGCAGGACUACACGGGGCCCAGUCCGGUCCCUGAGCAUGCCGCAGCCCUCACUAUCUACACACCCACACAGACGCACAGCGAGCCACCUGGCACUGACAGCAGCACACCGUCCCUCACAGGGAAUAGCAGCAUACCACAAGCGGACGAUGUGGCACAGACAGACGGCUCUCAGCAGCUUCAGCUCCAGCUUUCAGACUCUUCGGAGAAGCAGCAGCCCAAACGGUUACACGUCUCCAACAUUCCCUUCCGCUUCCGUGACCCAGACCUCCGGCAAAUGUUCGGGCAAUUUGGGAAAAUUUUGGAUGUGGAAAUUAUUUUUAACGAGCGGGGCUCUAAGGGUUUUGGUUUUGUAACUUUUGAAACAAGCGCAGACGCAGACCGUGCACGGGAGAAAUUAAACGGUACAAUCGUAGAGGGACGCAAAAUUGAGGUAAAUAAUGCAACGGCACGAGUAAUGACAAACAAAAAAGUGGCCAACCCAUAUACAAACGGCUGGAAGCUGAAUCCAGUGGUGGGAGCUGUCUAUGGUCCUGAAUUUUAUGCAGUGACAGGCUUCCCCUAUCCCACCACAGGGGCGACGGUGGCUUACAGGGGUGCCCACUUGAGAGGCAGAGGUCGUGCCGUCUACAACACGUUUCGCGCGGUGCCUCCACCCCCUCCCAUUCCUGCUUACGGAGCUGUGGUUUACCAAGAUGGCUUCUACGGUGCUGAGAUCUAUGGUGGCUAUGCAGCAUACAGAUAUGCCCAGCCAGCCGCAGCAGCUGCAGCGGCCUACAGUGACAGCUAUGGCAGAGUCUAUGCAACAGCAGACCCUUAUCACCACACGAUUGGACCUGCAGCCACGUACAGCGUGGGCACUAUGUAAAUAUAAAGAAAGAAGACAAUGGAGAAGAGCAUCAGCUAAAAAGGAACAAAAAGGACAAAGGAAGAAAAGUGUCAAUGAAAAAAAAACACAAAAAGAAGUUAAGAGGAAAUCCUUCCACCGAGGCUGUUAGGAGAAGGCAUUAUAUAUCUCUGUGGGGAUGUGAGACUGACGCAGUCAAGCUGUGGAUGAAAAGAGGGGCUUAGCUUUCACCUGGGACAGCCUUUCGGGGUGGAGGAGAAGAGGAGAGGUCAUCAUAAAACUUUUUAUUUUUCUAAACUUUUUUAAGUUUAUGGUUUCAAAAAGAUGAGUGUAUAUAUCUAUAUAGCGAUAUAUAUGUAUGUAUAAAUAUGUUACAAAAAAAGAAGCGAAAAAAAUAGUACAAAACUAGUAACAGAGUGAUGAAUUAGUGCUGUAGGAGGGGGAUGGGGGUGUACCACCCACCCCCCUCCCACCGCAGACCUCCUUGUCCGGCCUUUCGCUAGGAGGGUCAAGGGUGCCGGGAGAGGCUAAAGACCCACCAGACACGAUUCCAUGUGGCCCCUCUUCAUCCAAUGCCCUUGAAUAUAUGGCACAGCUGGGUCUUCCAUUAGUAGGUUUAUGUCAUGGGUAGAACUGCAUUGCUUACUUGGGGAAAAAGGCCUUUAGUCGCUAACAUAGGGAGCUGUUAUUCAUCCCGUUUAGAUGUAAGCAGACAAACUUGCAUGGGACUCCAAAUUUCAGUCUUACAGUACAUCAGGUUGCUAUUCAGGUGUCGCAUGGAACGGGGCAAGAGAAGACACUGUAAAUAAACCAUCAGAGCCCAGUCUGUCUGAAGUAGGGAAUGCACUGUCAUCCCGCUGUUGUUUGUAGCACAAUACGAAAGGUUUUACUGGGAUGUGUGCGUGUGCGUGUGUGCGUUCUUGUGUGCGAGUGGUUACGGGCGGAAGGGGGCUUUAUAGAGUCGUGUUGGGUCGCGGCGACCCCAGAGCCCAGGGCUACCAAAAAGCAUUUCAUUGUAGUGUUGUGGAGGUGGCCGUGCUGUGUAGUAAACACUUUUGUAUGUGGUGUCAUGAGGCUACAAAUUAAGAAAAUUGGAGCAGUCUUCUCGGUAUUGUCACGGGAGUUUCACUAUCCAUCUUGAAAAUGGGUUCCUGCCCACUGCAAGGUGGAAAACAACGUGCCAGUUUAGUCAUAUGGUUGCGAGCAAAGUUUUAUUAAAGAUCGAUUACCUUUAUACUUCUAAUGAGCUCCAUUUCAGUGACACAUCCUUAUAUAUUUAAACGUUGUACUAAUUACAUGCUGCUCAGCGUGGUCAACGUCGAUUGUAGCCAUUUACUAAUGUUGUAUUAUUGUAUUACCACUAUGAAAAACAUUUAUAUAUGGAUAUAUCUAUUUGUGACUUUGCGACCCUUCAAAAAGGAUUGUAUUUUUUUUUUUUUUUUUUUUUGAUGGUGGUGGUCCAGGUUUAUUUUCGGCGGCGAUUUAUGCAAGUACUGAGUGAUUUUCACUUGUGUGGCGUUGUUUCUGUUCAUCUGUAUCUUUGGUUCAGCUAUUGAAUGUAAUUCAACUUUUUAUGUACGUCUUUGUUUUUUAAGCAGUACUUUGUAAAUGUGGACAUGGUAAACCAAGUCUUUGUUCAGAAGCCGGACCUGACGGAGAUAUUGUACGGUCCAGCUGACACCUCUCUUUUAUAACAGGAGCACUCCAGCUGGCCGACGGACAUUAUCAUGACCCUGCAGGAUUAUGGCAGAAAAGACAUAAAACGAUUGGAUGAGACAGAGCAGAAUUAUGCUCUUUGGUUUUUAUUGACAUCCACUUUCCUUUGUUGUUUUUUCUCUUUAUGCAAAUGGUGAACAGUUGACCCACAUUCAAAAGAGGUGUCACUCUAUAAUCGAUGAUGAACAGCAGUAUGUUAUCCUGGGAAAGAAAUGCACUGUAAAAAAAAAAUGUUGUUGAGUUGCCUAAAAAUGUGCUUCGUUUGUUAGCAUCUAAAUUUACUGGUUUUAUUCAGGUCAACAUUUUUGUAUUUAACAGGACUGAAUCAACCUGACUACAUUAGGUUACUCCAAUGAAAGCAAGUGGGUCAGACCAGGAAGAAAUGUGUCUAUAAAAUAACAACUGCACGUUUUCCUGCUUUUUACAGUGUGUAUUUUGGCUCAGUGAGAAGGAAUGGUACAUUUAAUAGAUAGCCCACCUCUACAGACAGCAUUCCCAAGCUUUGCAAAAUCAUGCGCUUCCUCGGACUCAGGUGUUACAUGACAGAACUGAUGUGUUCCCUUCCAUAGGUAAUGAUGUUACUCUUUCUUGCUGCAUUUUUCCUCUCAGAACAAAACUUUAUUUUCUACAAAACUGGUGACUCCUAUCUCAGUGACUGUACUACUUUGUUACCCGAAGGAUCAUGGAAAACAGUUUGGUGGGUCAGAUAGCGACGGGAACUUCAGUGAAGACGUGUUGUUUCAGGGACUCUAAAAUCCAAGUGACAGAUUCUGCUCUGGAAGAGAUUGUGACUGAACAACUUAACAAAAAGAUGUCAAUUCUACAGAGAUCUGAGACCUCUGGGUUUAUUUCUUUGCUUUAGUCCGUAUGAGACAUUACUUGUUUACAUGUCCUGGUUUUUUUGACCUUGCUGUGAGGUAUAUAUCAGCUUUUGCACUGUAUUCUUUGGCUUGUUGUCUUCCCUCUACUCUCUGUUUCCUCUCAAACAGCCCAUUAACCUGAGCACCAAAGUCAUUCACCGUCUUCCUCAACCCAAAGCAGAGAACCAAUGCAAACUGUAGUCUGCUUAUAGUCUAUUGUCAGAACAAGGAAACUCAAGCGCAUGUAUCUGCCAUUUGUUCCUCCAGCCGAAACAUCCUUCAAAUCUACACUGGUCGUCUGCUCUAGAUAUUAGGGCAGGUGUAAGACCAGCUAUGCAGCUCACCUGUGUCUGCACAGUUCCCUUGAACUUCAUUCAAACACAGUCAAGCCAAUGGAAACAACAAACUUAUCUUGGCAAUUGCUUUUCCCAACUAAAAAAAGGAAAAAAACGAACUCCUGCCAUCAUGAAUUUUCUCAUCGUCAUUGCCAGAUCCCUGAAGCACAAGAGUUUGAAUGGAAGUCAUGUUAGUUGUCUCAGUGAUAGUUACACUCCAUGUAGAGAGUGUGUGUGUGUGUGUGUGUGUGUGUGUGUGUGUGUGUGUGUGUGUGUGUGUGUGUGUGUGUGUGUGUGUGUGUGUGUGUGUGUGUGUGUGUGAGUGUGAGUGUGAGUGUGUGUGCAUGCAUGUACAUGUGUGUGCUUCCAGCCCCAUUGUUUUCUACUGAAAAUAUACAAAAGCUACUUCCUCUGUCAUCUCAAUAUAAAAUGUAUUAUAUUAAAGGUUCUCUUCAUGUGCAACACAAGCUCUACACAACAACAAAUCUAUCAUUUGGGUUUUUCUUUUGUUUUCAUUUUCUCUCAUUCUUUUUCAAAUUUUGAAGUUGUUACAAAUACAUAAGCGUAAAAAAAAAACAAUAAAGAAAAAAAAAAGAAACCAAUAUAAAGUAUUCUAUUUAAAAUGAAAUGACGAAACUUCUGCUGUCCUGGAUCUGUACUCUAAAUUUCAGUUUCCUUUCUGUAUGCAUCCAGUGUGCUUCAAACAACCAGUACUGUUUAUUAAUGAAAUCAUUAUAUUAUUAUGAUUAUGAUUAUUAUUAUUACUAUCAUGAUUAAUAUGGUUAUAAAUAAAUAUUUCUUUCUUCAAUAACAGAGA